GGAUGGUUUCGCGCGGGCAUUGACACAACAUAUUAUUUUAUGGGAGUCGAUUCUGCUAUAUUUUAUGGAAAUCUAUCCGGAUUAAGUGGAUUUGUAAAAUUUGAUACAUCCUACGAAAAUAAAUUAAAUCCUAAUUCUUAUGGCACUGGUGAUUGGACAAAAUGUGAAAGCGUUUUAGAUGUUACUCGAGACGCAGUUAACCUUGUUUUUGGCGUUUUCUUACUUGGCACGGGUCAAGUUUGGUUUAACCAAUUCGAAUUUAAUGUUGUAAGCUCAAAUGAUCAAACCACCGGUCUUUAUAUUGAAAAUGUAACUUCUCCACCUGAUACUACUGGAAGCCUUUAUUAUCCAGUUUCCUUUUCGGCACAUCACCUGUAUUUACCGCUAGUGACUCUGCAAACGUAG